GGAACUCGGCUGGACUUCUUUGGUGUCGUUACCUGCAGGAUCUAUCCGCUAAAGCUAUUCGAAUCGAGUAAUUCACUUCCGAGUUAUGCUCCAUCACUGGAUUCGACCCCUCACUGCUGCAUCUCAACGAGACGUGGUGUUUGGGGUCGUGGUGGGGUGGCCCAAAAUGUGGUGACAGCAUGAGACUGAGAGACCCUCAUCAAGAUAAACUCAAACGCUGUGAUGGGACAAAUGAAAAGUCGACUUUUGCUUCCAGGCCGGAAGAAAACAUCCGGGAGGGCCUUUUGCAGCGCUUGCGUCGCGUGCGAAUCUCAUCACAAACCCUCAGCCAAGACUGAUCGAUAACCCUACUAAUGCGGACCUCCUCCUGCACAUUCCGCACACCCGCUCUCGUCGCUGUCGCUCGUGAUUCCUUCUAGCGUCUUUCCAUCGACCGUCGGAUCUUGCAAAGGCUGCUGCGAGCAGGACGCAAGUCGGACACAUCAAGAUCAUCCAAGCGGCCCAAACGAACACCAUGUCCCCAGGGUCACCCGUCCAGGGCGGCAGCCCAGCAGCGGGCCACGAGACCACACCGCUACUACCAGCGCCGUCGUCGCCAUCGGUCGCCCUCGCCCGCAUCCGCAGCAUACACCGUCGCGGCUCGCAGGCAUCCGCGCCCUACGACGACGCGGGCCCCUCCUCCUCCUCCACCUCCCUCCUUGGCAGGAUCCCCCUCCCCAAGACCCUCCAGGCCAUCCCCGCGCCCGCGCUGCGGCUGAUCGGCCUGCUCGUGUGCGUCAACGCCGCCGUGUGGGCCGCGGCCGGCGUCGUGCUGCACUUCCACCCGCCGCUGCUCUCGUCGGCGGUGCUGGCCUACAUGCUAGGGCUGCGGCACGCGCUGGACGCGGACCACAUCUCGGCCAUCGACCUGACGACGCGGCGGCUCAUCGCGGCGGGGCAGCGGCCCGUUGCCGUCGGCACCUUCUUCUCGCUCGGCCACUCGGCCGUCGUCGUGGCCACGUGCGUCGUUGUCGCCGCUACCACGGGCGCCCUGCGCGACCGCUUCGACGACAUCUCGCGCGUCGGCAACGUCGUCGGCACCUCCGUCUCGGGCGCCUUCCUGCUGCUGCUGUGCGCCGGCAACGCCUGGGUGCUGUGGCGGCUGGUGGGAAGGCUGCGCGUGGAGCUGCGCCGCCGGGGUCGGGAGGAGGACCGCGAGGACGGAUGUGGGGCGGCGGGCGGGGAGCAGUACCGUGAUGUUGUGGAUGUUGUUUCAAGCGGCGCCCUGCCGCAGUAUCAGGCGGUCCAAGCGGAUGCGAGUGCGGGCGCACCAUUAGAGGGAGAGGGACACGAACCUGCGGCGUCCGGCGUGCAGCUCCCGGUCGAGGGUGGCGGUAUCCUCGCCGUCGUCUUCCGCAGACUGUUCAAGGUAGUCGACCGGCCCUGGAAGAUGUUCCCGCUGGGGAUUGUGUUCGGUCUGGGUUUCGACACGAGCUCCGAGAUCGCCAUUCUGGGCCUGGCUAGCAUCCACGGAGCAGAUGGCACGAGCCUAUGGCUGAUCCUGAUCUUCCCUAUCCUCUUUACUGCCGGCAUGUGUAUGCUCGACACUACCGACGGGGCGCUCAUGAUGGCCCUGUACACCUCCAAAGCCUUUUCCCGGGAUGUCGUCGCCAUCCUGUACUACUCGAUUGUCCUGACGGCCAUCACCAUCUUCGUCUCAGCCUUCAUUGGCAUCAUCCAGGUCCUCUCGCUCGUCCAGAACCUCCUUGAACCGGAGGGCAGGUUCUGGGACGGCGUGAGCGCCAUCGGCGACAACUUUGACAUCAUCGGCGGCUGCAUCUGCGGCGUCUUCCUGGUGGUCGGCGUCGGGUCCAUCCUUGUUUACCGGCCGUGGAGGAGGCGUGUGGAGAGGAACAGACGGUGUGCUGAGGCUGAUGCACGUACCCAGUCUCAAGCUCUGGCUACCCCUUUGGAUGGGUAGUGUCAUUUGUGUUUGGGAGUGUUCUGACGGUGUGCCUAUAACAACGCGCGUAGCGUGUGACGCUCCUGGAGUCGAAAAUGAUAUGAGAACAUUUUGUCCGACAAAUACCUAGCUGCGCUCAUAUACUCUACGGUUUGGCGCUCGCUAAAGAUACGGGUAACUCGGAUAGGAUCAUCAAGGUCGCUAAGCGGUCUACUAAUAUAAUAUCAUAUGGCUACUCAACAGGUCCCUUCUUAGCCGAGGC